UCUUAUAUGGCAGAGAUCCCGAGUGACCCGCUGAACGUCGUGGAGCAGCGCGACAAAUGCCGCCUUAUCCUUGACCUGCGGAAAGUGAACACUCACCUUGAAGCCCCUAAGUUCAAGUACAAAGGUCUGAAUCGUGUAGCCGAGCUCAUCCGCCAAGAUGACUGGAUGUUCUCCAUUGACCUGAAAUCGGGAUACCAUCACGUCGAGAUUCACCCCUCUUGUUGGAAGUUUUUGGGCUUCCAGUUCAAAGGCAUCUACUACUCCUUUCGGUCACUGCCGUUCGGCCUUGCAAGUGCUCCAUUCGUCUUCACCCAACUAAUCAAACAACUUGCCAAGCGAUGGCGGGCAAGCGGCGUUCGAGUGGUCCCGUAUGUCGACGACCUAUUAUUUCUCUGCGAUUCCCACCAGCAAGCUUGCUCGACUCAUACGACAGUCCUCCAUGACCUUAAAGCAGCUGGUUUUGUCAUUAACGGCAAAAAAUCGCACCUUCACCCCUCGCGUCAACUUCGGUUCCUCGGCUUGGAAAUCGAUUCCACCCGCGGCACGCGAUCAUCGACCUUUGCUUAAAAAAUCGAACAAACCUGGCCAUCGAAU